UUGAUUUCUUCAAAAUGUUUUCCAGGCAAAAUUUGUGAAGAUUAUAAUGAAUAUAAUUCAAGCAAUGAGGAAUUUCAUGAAGAAGUUUGUCCGGUUUAUGACAAUCUUAAUCACUACCAUCAGGAGAUGCUAAAUGAAAGUUGCUAUGAGCAAAUGAAUGUCCCUUCUCCUAGAUCCACCACUGAUGCACAGCAAACAGCUGAACGCCAAAUGUGUUAUGCUUCCCUUGAUCAUAGUGUCAGAAGAAAGCACAAAAUGCAGCCCAAAAAGAAAUAUCCUACAUUAGAAAUGGGUGAAAAUCAACUUACCAGAAAGAAUUCCACGCUGUCUUGCAUUUAUCUCAACAGUGAACAACUCAGUGCUGAAAAUAAGUUGUCUGAAAAUACUUCUCACGUUGAUUCGUUCAGAGAGUUUGGUUUAAAACACAAUGCAAAUGAUGUCAUGUUUCAGUAACCAAAUAAUUUUCUCAAUUUAAACACUCACUGAGAUAAUCAAUUGCCAAGUUAGAUAAAUUAUUGUGUGAAUAAAAUUGUGCCAUUGAGUUCUGUAGAGAAACAAUUCAUUUUUAUUUUUAUUUUGAGACUUUCCAUUAAAUGUGCUUAGAAGAGUCUGGAUCAUGCAAGAAGUUAUCGGGGCCAUGGAGAAACUUGCUUAGUCCUUUCAACAGGCCAGUGUGGAACUGGUUAUACCCUCCACCUGCUUCAAGUAUGAGUAGAAGCCAAAAUACUGUUUUUACUAUAAAAGUUAUAUUCCAUUGGAAGAUUAGAAUCAUUAACAAAAUUUUUGCUACCUUUCUGAGAAAAACGUACUCAUUCAGCUCUGCUCUGGAUAAUUGUAACUUGCCAUACGGCACAUGUAAUAACAUCAGGAAAUAUUUAAGGUUAAUUAGGGAAUAAUGUAUCAGCUUUGAUUCAUCUAAUUAAGAGUUAUACAGCUAGCAAAUGUAAUGUCGGCAUGUAUUUAGUUUCCUGCUAGUUAAGAACUGUUAAGAGUCAAUCCCAAUUAUUCAAUGAGCAUGUAAUGUCUUGAGCAUCUGAAUUAAAUGGUCUAUAAAGAAAGUAGUAAAUGAGGUAUAAAAAUAAAUCUCCAAGGAAGAAUUUGACAUUUUUCAUUGUAUUUAACUGAUUGCUAUUCACUUUUACACCACUGUUUUAUCGUGUAUUUUAUAAGAAGUGAUAUUCCUAAUUGCUGCCCAGAUAUACUGUACCUGUUCAAUUCAGUCCAAAACAUUUUUUUGUAAUAAAAAAUACAUGAAUGCAUUGGAUAUAUCAUAAUAUAGCAAUGAAGUUUGAAUUAGGCACAAUUUGAAAUUAGUCAGUGACCUUUAAACCUGUCUUACACUUUUUUUGAAUUACUAGUAAUGGUCGCUUUUUGUUCAUAGUGAACAAAUUCAAGAGAAAAUUAUAUAGUUGGUA